AUGGGACAAGCACAAGCGACGAACCCGCUACAACUCCGUCCUAUCAAUGCAAUACUCGUCACAGCCGGGCCGCAGGACAAGGCGGAGCUGAGCAAGAUAGUGCUCCCGUCGCAGGUGCUUGGAAACCUCACCUGGCUGUCGGCAGCCUCUGUAUCGCCGUCGGGAUUGGUUGUCAAGAUGGCUCAACAUCCUCGAGAUACAGCUUCAAAGAUCGAAAACGAGUUCAUCCACACCCUCCAGCUGGAUACAAAUGACCACAGCGUUUCAUUUGGACAACCAGCCUUGGUGUCUCGGUCCCACCGCCCCUUCCUGGGUAAUUGGUUCGUAUGCUACGCAGAUAUCGGCUCGGGUGAUCUGAGUCCUGUUGAGCUCCGAAAAUUCCACGACAUUCAACUUCGCUUGGCUUCGCGAAACAAUCUUCAAUGUGUGCUGGUGCUCCCUGGACCCGUACAUGAUGCGAAAGCCCAUCUCUUACCCUUCAACAUUGAUAUGGGAGACCCCGCAAUGCAGAGCGGGUGGACCGACUCUACUAUCACCUCUAAAUACGGCAUGGGUCUGGAAGUGAGAUCGGCGUCUGCGAGCGAAUUCGACCAAGAGAAUCAAUGGAUUCGCCUUCUAUUCAUGGACCACAACAACUUGAACACCUUUGGAUUUCGACCAUUGACAACGAGGUUCGGCAAGCUCAUCGUUGCCAGGAUUGGUCACCGGCCCCUCACUUGUCUACACGCUCAUUUCAUGACCACUUCUCUGAAAUCUGCUUUCGAGGCAGGCAGGGAGUUGAUCGACACCAACUUGUUCCAUGGCAUCCACAUCAGCAUUUAG